AGGUGCAUGUGUAAAAGUAAGUGUCACUGGGAGCUAGCUAGCUAGCUUCGGAUCGGAUAUUCUGUUCGAGGCUGAACGUCGUACUCGUGUAACGAACUCCCUGACGUUGGCCAGCGAUGCUGACACGGAGGGUCUUCUUUCUGGUUUUGACCAUCACUGCAGUAAGCCUGAUCCCUGUCAUUGUGAACCUGAGUGAGCAGGAGAGCCUUGUGUUGGGGGAGAGCAGUCACUGGCUGGUGGGACACGACAGAUCACUUCUUGUUGUAGUCUAUCCCAAAGACACUGUCAGAGAAGACCUCAGUGAGAGAGUAUGGUCUAAACACGGUGCGGAAGAUAAAACUGUGGAGAACGUCUCAGAAGAGCGAGGAACCGUCUCAAAAGAGCGAGGAACCGCCUCAAAAGUGCAAGGAACCGCCUCAAAAGAGCAAGGACCCAUCUCAAAAGAGCAAGGACCCGUCUCAAAAGUGCAAGGAACCGUCACACCAGAAAAAACUGCUCUAAGCUCACUGCAAGAGAGAAUACACGGUUUAGCUGAAAACAGAAUUAUGAAGCAAGACUACUCUAUUAGACCCAGCGAUUCAAAUACGGAAGAAACUCCUGACAAUAACGCAGAGCAGCAAGUAGAAAUAGCUGCGCGUAGCACGGUGCUAGAAAGAAAACACAAACACGAUUCGUUGGUCGAUGAUGUUCUGAAGCUAAACAGAUCUCCUGUUGACUCACAUACUGUGGAUAAACGUCUUGAAAUAUCUCACGAGCAAAGGGCACACGAUUUACAGGCCAGUAUUACUCCAAACCACAAAGACCCAAAGAUAUUGCCUGUUGAAUCAACAACAGGAAAACCAUCAGGAGAGGAUCUUAGUACUGAGAAAGCUGUUCCUGACCCAUUACACCCAAAACGAGCACAUGGUGUGUUGGAGAGUGAGAAUCUGCAUCAGGAAGGUUUGAAGAAGCAUCCAGUUGACCCAACAAAUGAAAAACUCCGUGAGUCUGAAGUGCAAAUGAGCCACAAAUCUACUCACAAAGUAAGUAGUAGAGUAGCGACUCGAACAUAUGCCACACAAACCAUUCCUACACAUAAACCAAAGAGGGUGCAGGUUGCCCAAGAGCAAAGCACGAACAGCAGAGUUCCUGCUGAACCAAGGACACUUCAGCCUCAACCGCAAGUCAUUAAAAUCUCUAGCAACAGAGUAGACGACAAAGUGUUGGCUCCAAGUAUUGCUACACCAGUAGUCCAAGGUCGCAAUCACCCCGAAUGGCAGCCAUAAGCCAAAAGACUUACAAACAUAAUAAAACGUUGGACUUUAAGUUUCCGAAACCAGACAUGCUCUACAGCAAAACACCCUGCACUUUGACAAACGUCAGUAAUUUCCCGGUUGAGAGACCCAGGGACGACAAUGCCCAUGAACUUGAGCUGGUCGAGCAGAACCUCCAAAAGUGUUUGAAAGCUGCAGAGCUGACUGAGUACUUUGACGAGAAGAACUAUAUCGCCCGGGCGAUGAAGAACGCGGCUCAUUUUCUCCUGCUCAUGCGGGGUGUUGUUACUGCCGACUACUCAGCAAACCACACCAACAUGCCGUACUGGAAGUCGCAAUUUCGCCUAAACCGUUGCAUUGGUAGAAAUGUUGAAGGUCAUAUAGGUCACCAGCCCUUUUCCUUUGCGGGUAACUUGCUCACGCCUCAACUACAGCACACUAUCCACUUUGGCUAUGCCGGGAGAGUCCACUCUCCUUCAAUGUGUCUCCCCUCCAUAUUUGUGGCCGGAUUCCCCAAGUGUGGGUCCUCGUUUGUCUACUGUCUCGUCCAGCGACUGUAUCAGUACAAGAAGUGGAAGUUUAUACUGCAACAGCCAGAGAAAGAGCCUCAUUUCUGGGUACCUGGCGGUCCGGCCUACCACCAUCUCAACCCUCACGACCUCGGCGAUGUGUCCCGCUACAUGUUAAACUUUCUUCCCCGUGCCAUUGGAAAUACUAGUUUCAGUGUUCCCAUCGAUGCUUCCCCAAACACUCUAUUCCAGUGGCCUCGAUAUUCGCUCAAUGACACUCUGGAAAACUACUGUCUCGUGCCGUCGGUCCUUCCCCUCAUCUUACCCCGUGCAAAGUACAUAGUGGUACUGCGUGAUCCAGUCACAAUGCUCUACUCUGCCUUCUGGUUCUCGACCUCUGCCCACUGCAAAUCCCUCAAUCGUACGGAGCAAGUGCGAGCACCGGAUGACUUCCACUUCAGAGUGCUCCAAAAGAUCAGAUCAUACGAGUUUUGCACCCGUUUCAAGCCAGUGGAUGCGUGUUUCGAGGUACUCUACCCUCCGAUUACGGGACCAGUUAAAUACGGGUCGUCUCAGUGUGGAAGAGUGAGGCUGGAAGUUGGUUUUUACUACUACUACAUUCGGCGGUGGCUGGCAGUCAUUCCGAGAGAACAGUUCCACUUUAUGACGACAGAGGAGCUGAAGAAGGAUUACCAUGUUGCAGCCCAAAAUCUCAGUGACUUUUUGGACCUUGGUCUAGACAUAAUCAAACGUCCGUUUGUGAAAGUGAACGACAAACAUUGCAAGAAUGUUCAAUCGACUUUUGAUUAUCGGACUGAUACUGAACUCCAGAUGAGAAACGACACCAAGAGACUCCUCUACAAGUUCUUUGACCCAAUGAACCAAAAACUGGCCAAGCUACUUAAUGACUCGAAAUUUCUUUGGAAACUCCAAGAAUAGUGUUUUCAUUUUUCAAUCGUUCUCAGUUGCAUGUGCACAAAAAAGCAUAGUGAACUUUCUAGCACUAAAUUGAGCUCACUGAGUUGCCUCAUCUACUGCCACUAUGGUAGCCAUCAUACAAAGUGGGUUGGUUUGUGUGGAGAGACUGAUAUGGAGAGGGAGGGUGUGUGUGUGGUGUGUUUAGAAGGAAGAGAGGUUGAGAACUGGUUGUUUCUCCGUGUAUUCUCUCUUAGGAUUUUCUAUUGUAUUAUCACUUGCGUUUUUAGUAUCAUCUAACUAU